AUGAUGGUAGCCCGGGUUAAAGCAGACGACAGAGAAGUGCGAAGUGAGCCACCCACAUGUGUGUCCAUCAACGAGGAAAGUGGAUCGGACAACGAAGAGCCCGAUGAGGAGCCACAAACUGUGAAAAAAUUUGUCGCUAGUAGAAGAAGCCAUGACGAAGCGCCCACGCAAAAGCCCCGCUACACUCGUGACGACAAAUUUUCCCGAACAGUCUCAGCGCAAUCACUUCCUGUCAGUGAUCGUCUGGAGGAGUUAUCACAAAUGACUGUGUACGACAGGACGUUACAUAUGCUAGCAGUUGAUCCAAUUUAUCAAAAAGAAGUGGCUCUUGGAAAACGUAUUGGAUUUUAUCGACUUGGCAAAGAGCUUGGAGCUGGGAAUUUUUCCAAAGUUAAACUAGGAAUACAUGUUCUCACAAAAGAGAAGGUUGCUAUAAAAAUCAUGGAUCGGACGAAAAUGGACACAAAAGCUCAGCGAUUAUUGGAAAGGGAGAUCAAAUCUAUGGAGCGGAUGCAUCACCCUAAUAUCAUAAGAUUGUUUGAGUGUGUGGAAACGCUUACCAGAACUCACCUAGUCUUAGAGUACGCUGGUGGAGGCGAGCUGUACGCUUAUGUCCAUGAAAGAGGUAAACUGACCGAUGCAGAAGCGAAACCCCUGUUCGCACAAGUUGUUGCAGCUGUUUCACAUAUGCACAAGAAGAACCUCGUUCAUCGAGAUAUCAAAGCCGAGAACAUCAUGUUCGCAGCCCCUGGAGUCGUGAAACUAGUGGACUUUGGUUUCUCCUGCAUGGUUCCAUCUGCAGUCGAACAGCUAACAACCUUUUGUGGCAGCCCCCCAUAUGCAGCACCCGAGCUGUUCCGCGAUCAAAGCUACAAUGGAGCAAUGGUUGAUAUCUGGGCACUAGGUGUGCUGCUUCAUUUUAUGCUGAUUGGAAUCACACCGUUUCGAGGGGAGUCCGUGCCUGAACUUAAGAGUGCUAUUCUGCAAGGUUCAUUCACUCUGCCUAUGUACCUGGAGCACUCAUCCAGAAUGUUGAUCGAAAGCAUGCUGUCAAUGGAGCCAUAUAAGAGACCAAAGAUUGAGGACAUCAAGAAAUCCAUCUGGCUGAGAGGUUGCAGAUUCCAACCUACAUACCUCAAUCUGUUAAGUGUACAAGAAAAAAUGGAAGAUCAGAAGAAUGAGAUUUCGAAGAAGGUUUGGGCCAUAAUGAAUAGCUACGGUAUUACGGAGCAAAUGCUGGAAGAUGCACAAGAUCGAGGGCCAAAGAAUGCAAUGAUAGGCACCUACCGGAUAGUGCAGUUUCAAGUGCAGAAUGCUGCCAAGGAGACGCACUCUGAAUCCUCGCUAGCCAUGGAAUCCACACCAAAAGGAAGAAACCCGCAGAACAGGCACCUGAAAAACAAGAGCAAAACGUGUGCCCUCUUGUAA